GUUUUGAGCCUUUGACGUCGACGUCUGAGCCCGCUGGACCGCGGCGGCUCGCGGAGGAACGUUACUGCGUUUAACGGGAUUAAUUUUUUUUUUUAUAGCUCUCUGCCGAUGAUUCGGGCUGUUAUCGGACAUCUGUAUUCACCUGUAGCCAUAACGGUGAGAUGUUUCAAGCCGCCGAGCUGAUUACCAAACUGCCUUCUGCCAUCGAGAGAUAGCCGGUCUGCCCGGAUGGAUCCCCAGGAGGAAUGACAGCGUCUCCUUCCCCUCGGACGACACACAAAAUGCACCGGGCCGGCGGAUCCGUUUUGCUGGUCCUGGCGUCCCUCGUCGCCUCUCACGCCACCGGCGCCUUCUCGGGGGACGCCGACGGGAACCGCACGGAAAGCGGCAACGCCACCGAGGCCGGCUUCGUCCCGGUCGUGUUCACUAAGGUGAAGCAGAUAAUUGCCCGGGAGGGGAGCUGCGCCGUGAUCGACUGCAACGUCACCGGAGAGCCGUUCCCCAGUGUUCAGUGGUUCAACUCCCAUGGAGAGCGUCUGGACACGGAGAUGAACGGGGAGAAGUGGUGGCUGCUGGACACCGGUGUCCUCAACAUCACAGGCAUUGAGUUCGCCGACCGCGGGAAGUACACGUGCAUGGCGUCCAACGCGCACGGCAGUUCCAACUGCACGGUGACGCUGCGCGUGGUCAUCACCAAAGGCGACAUGGGCGUUUACUACAUGGUGGUCUGCCUGGUCACCUUCACCAUCAUCAUGGUGCUGAACGUCACGCGCCUCUGCAUGAUGAGCAGCCACCUAAAGAAGACGGAGAAGGCCAUCAACGAGUUCUUCCGCACCGAGGGCGCCGAGAAGCUGCAGAAGGCGUUCGAGAUCGCCAAACGCAUCCCCAUCAUCACCUCGGCCAAGACGCUGGAGCUCGCCAAGGUGACGCAGUUCAAGACCAUGGAGUUUGCGCGGUACAUCGAGGAGCUGGCGCGCAGCAUCCCGCUGCCGCCGCUCAUCAUGAACUGCCGCACCUUCAUGGAGGAGAUCCUGGAGGUGGUGGGGGUGGAGGAGAUGAGGCACACCUUCGUCCGCGCGGCGCCCGAGGGAUGCCGCGACACCGUCAGCAGGGCCAUCGGCGGGAGGGACGUCUUCACCAUCCUGCAGGAGAGGGAGAUGGGGCGGGAGCGGGAGCGCAGCGAGUCCCCCGCCGCCGACUCGGACAACUCCUCGGUCCAGGAGCAGCCGCAGCACAUCGCCAUCCAGGUGUCGGUCCACCCGCAGCUCGCCGUCACCAGCUACUGCAGCAUCGAGGCCCCGGCUCCGCCAGAGGCGCCGCCCUCCUCGCCUCCUCCGCCGUCCUCUCCCUCGCCGCCGCCGCCGCCACCCGCCCCCGUCGACCGCGACGAGGAGCAGCCCGAGGAGGAGGGCGAGGAGGAGACGGGGCGGGACGGCGAGGAGGCGGCGCCGGAAGCGACAGAAGCAAACGACACCCCCCCGUGUCAGGUGUUCUACGAGAGCCACGUGUGACGGGCUGAACCCAGCGAGUUGUCCCGCUGCGCAUUUCCAAUCGAAGACGAAAACGAGAAAAAAGGUCAACGGAACAUUUUUUAAUUUCACAUUUUGGAGAGAAACAAUCACAUUUUUAUUCAUCCUUUCCCCGAGCGCAACAAUCUCUGCGUAUAAAUCAUGAGGUUUUUCAGACACUUGAGCAGCUUGUUCACUCUGGACCAGCUUGAAUGUACUUGAGAGGGGCAAUCAAUAAUAUUAGUAACGCAAUUAGCAGCGAUUUGUAGAGAGACAUCUCCUGUGUUGGGGUUUCCAUAGCUCAGACUAUUAUUUAAAGAACAUGGGUACUUGACUCAAAGGGGGGGGGGAAUUAUUUUUCAGCUUUUAGUCUCCUGCACUGCUCGGGUUUUAAUGAUUAACACCAGAAAUCUGCCUCAAGCUGCCGCUUUGCUCUCUGAAACCACCAACGCUUCGCCGUUACAGCGAGUAGCGCUGUUAUCGCCCGACAUCCCCGCGCGCAGAGAGAUGCAUGCUGGACCGAGAGAGACGGAUAGUUUGGUCACCAUUUCAUGAUUGUGCGGCUUCCUGUAAGUAAGCCAGGUAAAUCUGUGUGUGUGUGUGUGUGUGCAGUAUAUUUCCCAACUGGGUCAAACAGGCCUCCGAGUAGAGUUUUUGUCUGUUUCCUUUUAAAUAUCUAAAGAGUAUUAUUCCUGCCCGUCGUGGUGUGGUUUUGUUCUCGGCUAGUUUAAGGAGCUUUUAAAGUACCGUUUGUCUUCUUUCAUCCUCAGUACAGAAGAGUUUCCUUUUCUCUCCGUGCAGUUUUAGCUUUGUUUUGAUUUCUGUUCCCAAGCUUCUCUGUACAGUUGCAUUCCUGCUGCAUGUGUAGGUGGACAGUGGGACUCAACGGACAAACGCUCCAGUCUGUUAGUGGCGAUGAACUGGAUGCUCUUCUGCUUUUUCUGCUCUUCUUGAAAUGGAUUCUUUUCGCUCUUUUUUUUUUGUAGUGGAAUAAAAUGAAAGUGCUGUGUUGAAACAAUAA